AAUUUCCUACCUUUCCAUUUAAAACAAUGAUACGAUAUGCUGAGUGAAGAAUUAGAUAGUGGACAGGAACAAAAGGUGAUGGAAUUCGAUUUCCCGUUACCUGCGAAGAAAUUGGGCUCAACAACCAAUUUUACUAAGAAACAUAACGAGUUGGCUGAAUUUUUAAAACUUGCCAAAAAUAAACAACUAUAUCAUAUCUUCACUACUGUCGCUGGGUUGUGUGAUCCUUUUACCCAACCAGAAGAAGUGAAUAUAGUUUUAAGUAUUGAUUGUUUGGCAGAUUUAUUAAUUUCCAUCUCUUAUUCCAAUUUAAAACAUAUGCCACUUCCGGAACAAGUAAAUAUUUAUGACAUAGAUGAUGAUGAAAAUGAUGAACAUGACGAUGAUUUUGAUGUUGUUUAUGAAUAUAAUCGUUUAGAAACAUUUGAUAUGCAAUUUUCAGAAAAAGAUUUGAAAAUACUAAAAGAACCCGAUAUAAAUAGUAUCAAAUUUAACUUAUCCACAUUUUUCUUUAUUAUUUUGCAAAAAAUUCAAAAUAUAGCGUUAGAUGCGGGCCUGGAAUUAGAUCUAAGGUUUGUCGAAAACGAUGAAACUCGUUGGAUGGAAAAUCUAUAUCAAUGGAAUCCUAAUCCUGAAAUUGCAGAAGAUCAUUAUAAAUUAAGACUUUGUUAUUCAAUAUCUUGUGUUUUAUUAGUGGCAAUUUAUAAACUUUUCAAACCAGCUUCUGGUUCUUAUAAUCUAGCAUUAAAUCCAUAUCUACAUUCAUUCAUUAAAAUUUGGAAAUGCCAUUCCAAUAUAAUAAUCUUGGGCUUAGAAAUUGAUCGAAGGUUAGAAAAUGAAAAUGAAGAAAAUGGUACUUUUUUACAGACCCCACAUAUAGUGAAAGAAACUUUACGUGGCUCUAGUUCAAUUAGAACUGUUCUUGCAUGGAUCUUAAACCAAAACCCUUCCCUGUUAUAUCUGACCGAUGAGUCCCCAAUCUUCGGUCAUGACAUCAAAAAUGAAUCUCUUUUGGAUUUCACUCAUCCUCUUAUAAGAAAAAAUCGUAGUGGUGGAGCUCUUCUGAUUGAUAUGAGAUUUGUCAUUGUUGCUCUUCUAAUAAUAAAUUCUGGUCUUGCUUUCGCUGCUGGAAGUACUAGUAAAAAGGAUGCUCAUGAAAAGUCUGAUGAAGAAUUACGUAGAUGGAAAAAUCAACGAACAUUAAUUGCUGAAAUAGGUGAUUUAUUGAUUGAUCUUGAAUAUGAUGAUAAAUUUGAUGAAGACAUUAGAUACAUCUUUGGCUAUGAAUAUUUUGAUUCCGAUGAUGACGACAACGAUGAUGACGAUAACGAUAUUCAUGAUAAUAAUGACCAUGACGACUCGGAUGGGGAAUCCACUGAAGUUUCUAAGUUAAAAGAAGUAGACCCAUCUGAGGAGAAAAACCCAAUCCCUACUGCAAUAAGGUCCCAGAGUGAUCUAAACUCAAUCGAUUUUGACGAAGAAGGACGUGAUUGGCGAGAUCUACCUAGGGGUGAUAACAUAUACGACGCAGAUUGGUUUAAAGAUUUGCUCAAACAUCAUAAUCAACAAAGUAAAGAAGACCAGAGUGUUUCUGAUGAUUUCUUCUCAUCUUGGUCAGAAUUAUUAGCAACAUUCGAAUACCUUAAAGAAGAUGAUAUUGAUGGAACUGAAGCCGAAACAAAAUUGGGUCAAGUGGUGAUAAACACUGUUGCUAAGGCCAUUCGGGAUGAAGACCAAACUGGUGCUGGAUCUAGAGAUGAUUCAAUUGACCCUGACCGGAUCUAUAAAUAUUGGACAUCAGCUGCUUCAAAAGAAGAUAUAGAGAUUGCUCAAGAGAAGAAAAUGUUAGUUCCCUUUUUCACAAUUACAAAUUUUGAAUUACUACUUAUAAAUAAUCAAAAAUUGGUCAGGUGCUUAAUAGAUCAAAUGUUAAUGUGUAAAGGGUAUCGUCGAGUAUUAAUAUGGUUUUUGACUCAUAAUAUAAAUUUAUCUACGGUAUUGAUAGAUUAUGUUUUUGAAUUACUUACUGGGUUAAGAGGACAAUCAAAAAGACAAACCCCUUAUAAAUUUACUAGAAAAGGUGAAAACGUUCAUCUUUCUGAAGUUGAACGACUGAUGUUACUUCAUGAAUUUCUUACUAACUCUAGCGUUUUCUUAUCUGCCACUGAAGGAGUUGAAAUAGAACCAGGGGUUGAAUUUGUUUUAGCCGAGUCGAUCGCUAAAAAGAUGAUGCAAGUUUUAUGUAUGAUGAUUGAACGUUUGAUUAGUUUGGAUAUAAUAUCAUUCACAAAAGGUAAAGAAGAUGACCUCCAUGAUUAUUUCAAUGAGCUUCAAGUUUUAUUGAUUAAUUGGGUAGGAAAAUUACCCGAAGCAAGAAAAUUGUUCUUCCAAAUCAAAGAUGAAAGUUUCAAAGCCAAAAAGGAAGAUGAUCCUCGGGAGAGUAAAGAAACAAUAAGAAAUGAGAACAUUAUCGAGAAUCAUGAGGAUGAAAUGCAUUUUCUACAAAAUUACAUCAAUUCAUCGAACGAUGGAGAACAAAAACAAGUUUUUGAUGAGACUCGUUUAUCUGGAGUAUUUGAAAAGUAUUCGAGAAGAUUGGGUAUUCAUUUGAAGUUAUUAAUUGCGUUGCAAAAGAAAGAUUUCACUGAAUAUAAGAAAUUCAAAUCAUUAGGACUUGAAAUAAUGUUUAAGGACUUCAAAUUCUUUCUCGAAAAUUUCAAUUCUCUUUGUGAAAUGGAAGACUUAGCAGAAUCUUUAUUCUACAUUUUUGAGAAAAUCGUUGCUACUGGUAAACUCAAUGAUCUGGAGGAGGAACAAGAAGAACCAGUUCUUUCUGAGCCUCCGGAGUUGGUAACUGGAGACGCGAUCAGUUCAAAUGAACAUGAAAGCGGUGAAGCUGAGUUUAACGAUCAAUUUUUGAAUGGAGAAGGUGGUUUUCGUGAAAAUAGGGAAACUGAAAAGAAAUCAAAGAAGAAGAAAAAGAAAAAGAGUAAGAAGGGUAAAUAGAAUUUGUAAAUAACUUAGACUGUAUUAUAUAGUGACAUUUACUCAUCUAAUUAAAAGUAAUUCAAACA